AGAUCGUUUACGCUCAUCCUGCAGGCUUUGGAUCACAACAAUUUUUCUAUACCUGCAAGUAAUGAUAUAAUUGAAGAAGCAACCUACUCAGGGAUAAUUGACCCCAGUCCCGAAUGGCACACAUUGAACCAUCGGGGUCCCCGUGCUCACCUUACAUACAGGGUGCGCGUCAAAUGUGAUACUCAUUACUACAAUUCUACUUGUACAAAAUUCUGUAGGCCGCGAGACGAUAAGUUCGGCCAUUUUAUCUGUGAUGCUAAUGGUGAUAAGGAGUGUAUAGAGGGAUGGAGGGGAAAUAUUUGUGAUAUAGCUGUAUGUAAGGCCGGAUGUCAUCCACUGCAUGGAAAAUGUGAUUAUCCCGGCGAAUGCAAUUGCCGACCUGGAUGGCGAGGAGACUUUUGCGAUCAAUGCGAACCAUAUCCGGGGUGUAAACACGGCUACUGCAACGGAUCAUCGUGGCAGUGUAUUUGCGACACUAACUGGGGCGGAAUUCUUUGCGAUCAAGAUCUAAACUACUGUGGAACCCACGAACCCUGUCUGAACGGGGGUACGUGCGAGAACACCGCACCCGAUAAUUACUUGUGCACGUGCCCCGAAGGGUUUUCGGGUGCGAACUGCGAGGUGGUGGACAACCCUUGUGCACCCGCCCCCUGCCUACAUGGGGGAACCUGCAUGGAAACUGGUGGUUCCUUUAAUUGCGACUGCACGGCUGGCUGGACGGGACCCACAUGUAAUGUUGACAUUGACGAAUGUGCGUCCGCUCCAUGCCAAAACGGGGGCACCUGCGUGGAUCUGGAGGACGCCUUCAGGUGUGACUGUCCUACAGCGUGGGAAGGCGAUCUUUGUCAAUUUGAUGCUGACGAGUGCCAGAUCCAGAAUCCAUGCAUCAAUGCCAUGUCUUGCACUAACUUAGUCGGAGAUUAUCAUUGUAAAUGUCGAGUGGGUUGGAUGGGAAAAAAUUGCGAUCAAAACAUCAACGAUUGUGUCGGCCAAUGCCAGCAUGGAGCCACUUGCAUCGACCUGGUGAACGACUAUCAUUGUGCCUGUCAACCUGGAUUCACAGGAAGGGACUGCCAUACCGAUAUAGAUGAAUGCGCAUCCAAUCCUUGCAAGAAUGGCGGGGAAUGUGUAGACCAAGUCAAUGGCUACAGGUGUAUCUGCCCUGUGGGAAUCACUGGGCAUGAGUGUGAGAAUGACUACGACCAUUGCAAUCCAGAUCCGUGCCAGAAUGGGGCACCGUGCUUUAAGGCGCAAAACGACUACUACUGCCAUUGUCCAGAGGGUUGGCAAGGGAAGAACUGCAGUCAGGCAAAAAUCGUCUGCGAUAGUCCACCAUGUGAAAGUGGUAUUCAUAGUUGUGUUGUGGUAUCAGUUGGAGGAAGCAGAAGCUCGCCACCAAGUCUAUGCGGCGAACAUGGACAUUGUGUUAAUCAAGCAGGAAUUGGACACAAAUGCCAAUGCCAGCCGGGAUUCACCGGAAAAUACUGUCAUGAGAAUAUAAAUGACUGCAAAAUCAACCCUUGCGAAAAUGGUGGUACCUGUGUAGAUAAAGUAAACUCAUUCCAGUGCAUUUGCAAUGAAGGCUGGGAAGGAGCCCUCUGUAGCAUAAACUCGGAUGAUUGCGCUCCGAAUCCCUGCCGAAACAACGGGAGCUGCAUCGACAGAGUGGCGGAUUUCGAAUGCAAUUGCAAAAACGGGUGGAAAGGCAAAACGUGCACUUCAAAGGACAGCCAUUGCGAUCACACCACCUGCAAAAAUGGAGGAACCUGCCAGGACAUGGGAAGCAAUUUUGCGUGCCGUUGCCCGCCCGACUUCGAAGGCACCACUUGCCAUAUUGCCAAACAAACUGCUUGCACCUCCAAUCCAUGCUUAAAUGGAGGAACGUGUGUGAAUACUGGCGACUACUACCAGUGUAUAUGUCGGGAUGGUUUUGAAGGAAACCAUUGCCAGGAUGAUGUAAACGACUGCAGCCCGCAGCCUUGCUACAACGGGGGAAAGUGCAUUGAUGGAAUCAACUGGUUCCUGUGUGAAUGCGCCAAUGGAUUUACCGGUCCCGAUUGUCGCAUCAAUGUGAAUGAUUGCGCCUCUAAUCCGUGCGGAUACGGAGCUACUUGCAUUGACGGCAUUGGCGACUAUCAAUGCCUUUGUCCUCCGGGACGCCGUGGCCGAAACUGCAACA